CAACUUUUCCUGGCUUCAGCUCAGUUUCUGCUCUGCAGGAGAUGUUUGGCAAGCAUUGAAUUGGAGCAGCCUGAGCUGUUGGAUCCUCCUGUCACUUUUUGUCAUCAUGUGCUAUGUCAGACACCUGCCAGUGAUGGGUCACUAUCUAAGUGUUCAGAAACAGGAGAGGGAUAUAAGUGAACAUUUUUAAGCUGGAUGGAAACAGCAGCUUUAAUUUAUUCAACAUUUUGGCACAUGCCAGGGCAGCUCUGACAGCAUCCUCUGCCUUUUAGUGAUGCUGGGUAAGCACAUGAAUCUUCAGUCUCUUACUCAUUUUUCACCUGCAGACACCUAAGUGUGUUGCUUCCAGCAUCAGCUCUUGUCCCUGUAAAACCAACAGCCUGUCUCUGAGUCUUUUGCUUUGUAGUAAAUGAUAUUAUUUAUUUCGUAGUUUAGUGCACGUACAUUUCCCUCUUUCUCCCCUCCCUGUUUUGGAGAGCUGAGUGAUCUAAUAACUUGAAGGUGCACCAGGGGUGUAUUCCUCUACUCAAGAAUACAGUAUAGGAGAGAGGCAGAGUUGUCUCCUCGGGGCACACGUACAAACACCGUGUCCCUGAUGGUCCUAGCCGUGUUUGGCAGCGGUGCUGCCAUCGCCCUGGGAUGGCUCAGUGCCACAGCUGAAAGGGAAAAGAUGACAUGACAGCCAGUGGGGGUCUGAGCAGAGUGGUAGCUCGAAGCUAUUGCAACUUUAUUAAGGUGUGCCACCCUUAUUUAUAGGGUGGGAGGGGAAGGUUCCAGAGACCGGGGAGGAGCAUGGGACAGGCAGGAAUAUAGACCAAUCAGAAAGGAAAGGAGGGAAUAAGGAAAGAGUGGGAGCCAGUAGGGGAAACAUCUGCAAUGCAGCAGAUUAUAACCAAUCAGAAAAUAGGUAGUAAACAUGAAGGGAAAACUGUGAAAACAUUUGACGUAAACCGGGGUACAUUUAUAACUUUUGUUAACAAUUCUGUUCAGUCCUAGUCUGUAAAAUAGUCUCAAUCUUCAUAACUGAACACUGCUUAGAAUCCAUGUCCUCCUCUGUCACCGCUUCAGCUAUGGUCUCUCGCAGCUGCCUUCUCCACCUUGCAGACUUCUCCUUUUCCUCCUCCGUGCUCCCCGCAGCUCAGAGUUUCCAGCUCAGACUCAGUGCAAGGGUUGCCUGCACGUUUCUUGCUGCAUUCUGCUCGCACCUUUGGCUGCUGUGAGCUCCAUGUGGCUGCCUCGAGUAUGACCUCAUGCCUUAUCUGGUUCCCUGGUGACCCAGGUGCCCAGGCUCCGCUUUGGAACCCCACUGUUGCCCAAGGAACUCGGCAUUUGGGUGCUAGGUCUGGGGUCAUGGGGUGGUGGUGGGUGGCCCUGAUGCUGGUGCUGGUCCCCUGGCGCCCUAGAAAUGCUGGCCUGUGGCUGUGGGUGGCCCUGGUGCUCUGCCUCCCUGGGGUGCACUCCUGCCUGCUCUGCUUUGGGCCCCCCAAAAUGCGGGAACAGCUCUGCCGUGAGAUUACUGGGGCCUCUGCCAAGAACCCCAAAAAUAAAAAAUGCCAAGAGGACCUUGUUGAGGCUGCUAAACCACUUGCCUCUGUCGCUGUGGGGGCCGGGCAGCAUGACGAACUUCGAGACAUUGUCUUGGAUGCUCUGUAUUAUGUAGAGGAGCAAAAGAACAAGAAGCCCUUAAACAAGUCCCUGCAGGAAGCUGUCGACACAAUCUGGGUGAAGCUGAGCCGGAUGACAAAAGUUCCAGCCUGCGUCCCACCCUGUGGAUUCCAGCCAGAUGCCCGUGUCUUCCGGUGUGCUACCUGUCACUUUGCAGACUGCGAGUUUCCCCUGGACUGCCCAGUGCAGGACCUGCGGACCUACACGGACGAGACCAUCGUGCUGCUCUGUGACGUGCCCUUCUCCUUCCCCGGCAGCCUGCCCGUCACCUGGAUGUAUGUCCCAAAUCUGCGCACACAGGACAUUUCACUGUUCAAGGAGCUGAAGGGGAAUCCAGAGAACCCCUCCAGCCUGACCAUCGAGGAGCCCGCUCCAGGAACUGUUGCCUGUCGCCUGGGGGAAGUUUCCAAGCCCUUUGUCCGCAAGUUCUUCUACCUCAACGUGUCAGAGGGGAGCGUGGAGGAAGAGAGAGGGCUCCAGGCUGUGUUCAGUACUGUGCUGCACUGGCUCCACAACGAGACCCCCCUGGUUCCUGUACCAACAAUGGGGCUGGCACUGGGAGUUGCCUCCAUGGCGCUUGUGCUGCUGGUGGUGGCCCUGUGGCAAUGUGCCCGCUGGACAUCCCGCAGGCGUGAACAACAGGGAACCCCGGAGGAUUCCGGAUCCCCGGAUUCACCCUUGGGACCUUAACACAUGGAUUCAUCCCCGAGGACCAACAUUUCUGCAUUUGGUUUUCUUGUGCUGGUUGUGCAAAUGAGAACAGUCUAGAAACAUAAAUACAGAGUUCUGAGAAUCUGGAUUAUGCCGGUGGUAGAAAUCUGGGGUUCUUUGACUUGCAGACAGAAAAACUGGGUACCAGGCAGCAUUUUCCUUUUCAUGGGUGGACAUUCCAGCUGCAGUUGGAGCUGUAGAGCUAUCAGUGCUUGUGAUGAUGAUGGUGGAGGAGCCUGAGCUGUGGCCCCCAGGCUGCAGCCCAGCCUGUCCUGCCCCAGCAAGGACCUGCUGGGGUCCUUCUGCAGGUGUCCUCCAUUUCCCUCUGUGUGCACCCAGAUCUCCUCUGUUUCCCUCAUCAAAUACUCAGAUCUUUUCUGUUCUUUCUAGUGUCUGCUUGUGUCUCCCCUCUGGGCACACUCACAUCCCUCUUUUUCAUGACAAGUACCCUCAGAUUCCAUCCGUUACCCUCCACUGGUGAUCAAAUCCCACUGUCCAUUCUGUGGGUGUUCAGUUCCUAUGGGUUCCAUGAUGAUGUCCCUCCCAGCCCCUCUGUGCACCCUCAUUUCCCUCCACUUUCCCUCCAUGUACACUUAGGUCCCCUCCGUUCCCCUCAUGCUCAGAUUCCUGUUGCUUGCCCUCCAUCCACCCGGUUUCAUUCCAGUCCUGGGCAGACACUUGCUUUCCUCUGUAGCCAUCAUCCUGCAUGACCAGUCCCCCAAACCCAGUGCCCAGAGGCCACAGCUGUCUCAUCUGCUGUACAGAAAUCUUUCAAGGCCAUUCAGCUGCCUUCUUGCAGGUCAGGACUGUGGCCCACGGGUGAGUCAAGACUUCCUCUGCUUCCCUUAGAUGGAAACCCCUCUGCCUGUGUCCUGUGCUCCAGAAUGCACCAGCUGCUCCAAACACUGUCACACAACUCCCUGCAAGUCUUGGGGCCCCAUCCAGAGCUGGGCUUGACAGGAGCAGAUUAAACAAGAGCCCCUUGACCUGGCAGCACCUGCUGCAGUGGUGGGAGGCAGGGACAGCCCCGUGUUUGCUCUCCACCUGGUUGGUGACUGUGGCGUUCAAGUGUUUGUUCACUGAGCUACACUCUUCAAAGUUCCCAAAUAUGCUUGUUACCAGGGGAAAUUCCAUCCAAGUCACUAAGCACUCACAGAAGAGACCAUUCCAAGGAUUCUUGCUGGCAUGGGGAUUAUUUUCUUUGCAGCUCAGGGACCUGUGCACUCAGAACCACAGGCACCUCCACCUCAGCUGGUAUUUUCUGAGGGCACAAAGGAAACCAACCUGAUCUCCUCCUCCAGGAGAAAAGGGGGGCAGGACCCACUCAGCCCGCCCACUGCAGGAGGCACUACAAAUGCCUCUGUGCAACCGGCUGCUCCAGAGCUCUGUGCUCCAAGAGCAUUCCCACCUGGAGCCAUGGUAGCCCAGUGCCUUCUGCUCCUUGCUUCCCUGCUGCUUUUGGCUGCUCCAGGCCACUGUGUGCAUAUAGAAACCCUAAACAUCUUCAAGAAAUCUCCCUCCAAUGCUUCGGCGAGUGCUCUGAAGAAAACCAGUAGGUAGCAUCCCAUGGGCAUCUGGUGUGGUGUGCUUGUGUACAGCCAGCUCUGGGUGGGAAGAAGCCCUGAACCAUCCCUAACCCCGGCCCUGCUCUGGGAUGGAGGAUGGUGGAAAUGUACCUAGUGCAGGCUACAGUGUGUGUGUGUGUGUGUGUGUGCACUGUGCAGGCUGGGGGGGUGGCUGUGUCUGCUUGA